UGGCGACGAUGGACGACGGUUGAUGGAUGAUCGAACCGCUAGUCACCGUAUCCGUUCGGCUUGAAAUUUCCGAUUUCUGCCAGAUCCAAUCGCGGCUACCAUCAUGGCAGAAGCGGCCGGCGGCGGACCCCUGCUCCCCGAGGAACUCAUUAUCUGGGAGAUCCUAACCCGUCUGCCGGCGAAGCCCCUCCUCCGAUGCCGCGCUGUCUGCCUCUCCUGGUGCCGCCGACUCACCUCCGACGCCAAAUUCCUCCUCGCCCACCACCGUCGCCAGCCCUCGCUCCCGCUCCUCACUGAAGGGGACAGGAGCACCGAGGAGAGGAGGAUCGACGCCCUGGACUACCGCACCGGCGAGCGGCGCCCCAUCGCGCGGACAACAGGCCGGACCGCCGCCAACGGGGACGACCUGAACGUGCUGGCUUCCUGCGAAGGCCUCCUCAUCCUCCUCGCCAACGGCGGCCUCCAGAUCUGCAACCCGGCGACCCGCCAGCGCGCGCCACUCACUCUUCUCCACGGCGCCUAUUGCAUCUCCGCGCUUUAUCCUCACAUCCCGUCCAGGUCGUACCGUGUGCUCUGCUGCUUCGAGAGAGCCGAGGACGGCCACGCCGUGUACCACGUGCACACCGUCGGGUCGCGCGAGCUCAGGUGCGUCGGAGAACCUCCCGCGCCGUGGGCGUCCGGGGAUAUGGUAAUGGCGAUGCCGAUGAUGGUGUACCUUCACCCGCACGUCGUGGCAGACAGCAGGAUCUACUGGCAGCCGGUAAAGCUGCCCGUCGGCAACGGCAAGGUCAACAACAUGCUCGUGUUCGACACAAUGACCGAGUCCUUCCAGCAACUGCUGUCGCCCGUGGAGGGCCCCUUUCUUGAACUGUUUCAGAUGAACAGCGGCGCCCUUGGAUUGUACCACUGCCGCAGCGGCAAGGUUGAUCUUUGGGUGUUACAGGAUCACGGGAGCUGGUCCUGGUCGAUGAACCACCGGAUCAAAUUGGACGUGAUGUUUUUCUCCCUGCUGCCGGUGCUGGACCCGGAAGGAGAUGUGCUAGUGCUUUCUAAAAGAGGGGAAACAGGCAUCCUGUGGCAACAUCUGCAUCACAUUUCUGGUGUCAAUGGCAGUUUGCUGGCCCUGUAUCAAUGGAGCGCUUAUCUGAAGCUUAGCAGGCAUAGGCUCAAAGAAAGUCUAGUCCACCAUGACUUCUUCUCGAUGGAAGGUAAUGAGGGUGGUGUGGAUGAAAAACCAUUGUUCGAUGGCUUGUCAACUGUGGCAUUGCUUCGUGAUGAUAAUUCUGAGCCACAUUGAGAAACAAAGGUAUUACUCAAGCUGUUUCAUCUCAUCAGGAUGGAGUCACUCCUGCCUAGUAAUAACAGCACUGCAGAUUAGUAAUAACCUGAAACUAUACCUCGAGUCUGAUUUUUCCCUUUUCACAUGAGUCAUAAACACUGUUAUGACUGGUAUUUUAUUUUCCCUUUUCACGUGAGUCAUGAACACUGUUAUUACUGGUAUUUUAUUUUCCAUUUUCACAUGAGUCAUGAACACUGUUAUGAGUGGUAUGUAUGUGCGCUGGAAAACGGGCUAUGGCGGUGUUGGUCUCAAAUUAGUUGCCAUUUGGUUCACGAAAUGUAACGUAAAUGGUAACGACAAUAUAACAAUUUUAAGGAAGGCAAACAUUUUGCCU